CACAGUGUCACGUCACUGUCAGUUCAAUCAUCACACAGCUCCUCCGUGUCUUUUCCGUCUUUUCACAUAAUCUCCAGUUUUAUUCAAUUUGUUCUCUUCCACAAAAUAAUUGCCAAAGUAAAAGUAUCUAAUUUAUUAUUCAAUAGCACAGUGUGUGCGCCAGUUUGAGGAGUUUAGACCGUUGAAAGGAAGCACUCAGCAGCAGCGCUAAGAUGUUCGAAGAGGCCGAUCACUUUGCUGAUCUUUUCCGCGGCGGAUUGCCCUACUAUCUACUAAUCACAUUACCAAUUCUAAUUAUCUGCUCAUCGAACCCGGUACUGGCCGCCAGUGAGUUCGGCGUUCAACGAAUGUCCCAGUUUGAUGUACAUGGAACUCCGUAUGGUUGCCGUGCUUCGACGUUAAAUCUGGAAGCGAAGUCCCUUUACACAUGGCAAACUUCCCGACACUGUAUUGUCACUCGUCUGCAGGAUAUGACCAUUGACCAAUUCCGAGAAAUCCGUGCCAAAGCAGGUGGUUUGGUUAUACUGCUACCGGAGAAUUUCUCCUCACUCAGUUUAGAGGAGAAACAACACAUUCAUAUGCUCGAGCAAGCAAUGAUGCUUCAAGAGAUUUCCAUUCCGGUGUACUUUUCGCGGUAUAAUCCGAAAAUGAACGAGAUCGUUAACGAUGUUACCAAAACCACCAGUGUAAAACAACAAAAGUCUUCCCAAGAGCGUGAAUCUGCCAUUAGUGAAAUUUUGGGAUCAAUCUCGGCCAAUGGCUACCAAAUUGUCGUGUCUGGUACGAGCCAUAGCGCAAAUAAGCAAACGAAAAUUUCAAUCAUCCAAGGGGAGCUUACUCCUACGAAGCACGCCGUUAAAACUAACGAUGGCGAGAGCAAGCUGCCUCUUAUCAUCCUUACGGCCCACUUGGAUACGUUCGGUUUGAUCAACGGCCCCCUGAAGAACGUCGAUGUGGCUGUGCUGCUCACACUAGCAGAAUUGUUCAGCAAGCUGCAUGCUAGCAUUCCCAAGUACCGACUCAUGUUCUUGGUGUCUGAAUCGGGAAGUCUUCUGAACUUCCAGGGCAUGAAAAAGUGGCUCGACUCCAACAUAGAUGAGAACGUUCAGCUCCAACAGGCUGAGUUUGUCAUAUGUCUAGAUUCCAUCAGCAAAACACUUACCAAUGAUAACAUAUUCAUGCAUGUUUCCAAACCGCCCAAGGAAGGUACGCCUAUGAAUGGGUUCUACAAAACACUGAAAACCGUUGCGCUGCGAUACGGCAACGCCACUGUUGAGGGUGUGCACAAAAAGAUCAAUCUGGCGGAUACCCUGCUGGCAUGGGAACAUGAGCGCUUCAGCAUGAAGCGUAUGCCAGCGUUUACAAUUUCCAAUUUGAAGUCUCACAAAGAUUACCUCCGGAACACAAUCUUCGAGGAUGAAGACGAAGAGGAACAACUGAACAAGUUGAAAACAAACGUGAAAAUUCUGGCCGAAACCCUCGCCAGCUACAUCUACAGUUUGCCCGUGGACAAUGCUGCCGGUAGCGGCGAGAUCUUCACCGGGUCAAUGGCCAUCACCAAAGACAGCAUUCGGCCGUGGUUGCACGUCCGUUCGAGUCAACAGAAUAAUGAUCUCAAAAAUGCCUUCGAGAAGUACCUUAAGAAUGUAAAAGUCAGCUACGACAAACCGGAUCCCCGUGAACCAGAUUUUAUGCUGUACGACGAGCGCGAUGGUCUGCUCAACAUCUAUAACGUCAAGCCAGCCGUGUUCGAUUUGUUUCUGACGUUCAUGAUUGUGGCGUACCUGGCCGUGAUUUAUUUAGCCAUAUUCCAUUUCCCUAAAUUGUACACCAUUGUUUGCCGCAUGACCGUGAAUAAGGUCAAGGUGAAUUGAAUGUAAAGUGUUUCGUUAUCAAUUCUCAUCUUAUUUAAUUCAAAAAAGCGUUGCAUUUCGACAUUAUAACCAUUGACAAGCGAUAAUCUACAUUAUUAAAUUUAAAGACUCAGGUACACAAUUGGUACUCACAAUAUAUUUGAUCGAGUUUGCCCACAUGAAUAUAAUAUUUUUUAUAAAGUGAUCAAACAUAUUGCGACGCCAGUUGUCGCUCGAGUACAAAUUAUCAUUCUUUUUCUUGCUUAUUUUCGUAUGCACUUUCGAAAGGAAGAAGAUUGAUAUUCUCACAAAAUCAAAUAAUGAAAAGAAUCGAGCAAUGUCGGAUAUGUUUGAAAGAUUUUGUUCCAUUAAAAAAUAUGAGUAUAUGUUAUAAAAAGUAUAUGAUAGGGUGGUUCCUAAAAUUGAUUUUGCUCCACAACGCUCAUUCGAUUCUGUUCCAUAUUCUGAGUAUCCUUCAAAAACUUGGGCUGGUUUUGGUAAAAACUUACUUAGCACAAGCCGUUUGAAGUUUGCACGGAAAUUGGUAUGGGGAAAUCAAAUUUUUCAUUGUGCUGAUUAUCGCACAUUUAAAAUAUGGGACAGAAUCGAAUAAUCGUUGUGGAGUAAAAUCGAUUUUUUUAGCCACCCUAGUAUACAUACUGAGUUCCACAUCGAUUUGUCUAUGGUUGAACAUUUAUUUUGAGUUUUUAGAAUCACUCAUUAAAUAAUUAAUUGAAGCUUAAUAUACUCUCCAACAACGAUAGUAACGCAGCUGUAUAGUUUAACUGUUUUUAAGAAAAUGCAAGUAAGGAUUUAGAUUUAUAAAUAAUAGUUCCAUUUUGCAAAAGUUAAAAGUAAUUUAUUUAAAAACAAGCAUCAUCAAUACUACUGAGUAUUUGCCAGCUUGUUUUGAUUUAGUAUACAAUCAAUUCAUUUCUCCAUACCUACUUCCUUACUGGAAAAAUGAAAGGCAAUCGGUAAACAGUUAAGGACAAUGGAAUUAUAUUGGUGUAUUGGUUAGUAGGAUAAUUAGAGGAAAGCUCCUGUUACCUCGGUAUAGAAAUGAUCAAAAUAGUACCAAUGAUUAAAUUGUUUUGUGAGUGAAAUUUGAAAAAGAAA